AUGGAAAGCUGUUCCAAGGAUCACGAUAAUUGUGUGCCUUCAAUACCAACAUCUCUUCCUACGCGUGUACUGGAUGUUGGACUAGGUGACGGGUCCGACAUCGUUCGUAUCCGCGAAACUCAUAGCGAGAUAGGGAAGUAUGCAGCGUUGAGCUACUGCUGGGGUGGUCCACAGCCAGUGAUGCUUACGAAGGGUACAUAUAUGUCCAUGACAAUGGGUUUCGAGCUGAGCACGCUUCCAAUGACAUUGAGAGACGCCGUACGGGUCACAAGGGAUCUGAAGCUGAAUUAUCUCUGGAUCGACGCCUUGUGUAUUAUUCAGGACGACUGGAAAGAUAAAGAGCACGAAUUGGCAGCGAUGGCGGCGAUUUACAAGAACGCCUACAUCACAAUCGCGGCUUCGAGCGCAAAUACGUGUCGAGAAGGCUUCUUGCAAACCAGGCAUGCUCGGAAUUCCAGAUACCCGCAGCCGACUAACCAACGGGCAUGGUGCCUCCAGGAACGGCUCUUGAGUCCGAGGGUCGUCAUGUUCGGCACGUAUGAGCUCAUCUGGCAAUGUCAAAAGGGCCAGCAUGUCGCGGGCGGCACAGGAGACUCAUACCUACCUGGAUCGGAGCGCCUCAACCCUGCCUUCUUUGACCCGUCAAAGUCUAUUACAAAGGAGGAUUUUUACGACUCCUGGCUUGAGAUCGUGGCCGACUACUCGCGACGUCAUCUAAGUUUUGAAAGCGACAAGCUCGUGGCUGUUUCCGCUAUCGCGUCUGAGUUCCAGAGGCUUAGCGACGGAGACAUUUACCUUGCUGGACUUUGGAAGCGAGAGCUGAUCAAGUGGCUCUCGUGGAUGGUCGACCCGUCGCAGCUCAAACCAUUCGGAAGCCAGAGACUGAUGCCUCGUCCGUCGAAAUAUAUUGCUCCCUCCUGGUCUUGGGCUUCAGUCAAUGGGACUGUGUGCAUUGGUUGUGCAUGGCGAGAGAAGCAGUUCUACGCGGAGAUUAUCCGAUGCGGGAUCACUGUCCUGGACCAAAGCCUACCCACCGGCCAAGUAACAGCAGGCGUACUGGAACUUAGAGGACCAUUGAAACAGAUGAGGUGGACAGGACAGACACACUUUAAGCUCUUCAAGGAAACCGAUCCCAACUCCGAAGCUCUUGGCAAGGCUUUCAUGGAUGCAGACGAGAGUAUACCGGACAUUGUCUAUUGUCUUAGGGUGUACAAAGAUUCCGGUCUCAUUAUGGUGGAAAAAAGCGAUUCUAUGACUUACACACGAGUCGGAAGAUUUGAGGUCUGGGUGGUCUCUGUUUGUGACGCGUGGUUCGAGGGCUGCAUGGUUCAGACUAUUAUUCUGUUAUAAUCUUUAGGGAAGUUUCAGUUUAGAAAUAAUAGCAGUUUUAAAAUAAGAUAUUUUAUUAACACAU